GCAGGUAGGAGUACAGUUGGGCGCACUUGACUGUCAGAUUACGUCGUAUCGCGUUAUGACUCUGAAAGUCAGGACGAACUGCUUGCCUCUUGGGACCAUGAAGAUGGGAGAGAUCCUAUGGGUUGGGGGGAUGUCCCUGCUGGCGCUCACAGACUCAUUUGUGCCCCCGAGUAACUACAUAUGUCAUACAAGUAGUUGUAGACAUGGAAAUGGUCGGCUUAGAUGUCAGUCAUGUACCAUCGGGUGUCACGGAUCAAACUGCAGCUCUCCAUGCCAAGGAAGUUGUCACACAGACGGAUGUGACAGACACACUGGGGAAUGCUCCAAAUGUACUCCAGGGUUCUAUGGACGACACUGUGACACACCCUGUCCACGACGAUGUACCAGCAGUAGGGUAGAUGGCGCUGUCUACUGUGACAGACACACAGGUGCUUGUUCUGAAUCUUGUGAUGGAGGACGGACUGGAGUACACUGUGAUGAACGAUGUCCGUCUAACUGCAAGGGGUCAGUCUGUCACCAGCAUACAGGACAGUGUCUGGCUGGGUGUGAGAGAAGAUGGACAGGAGACUUCUGUAACACAACCUGUGACAACUGUCUGAUGGGAGGAUGCAGCAAUACCGGCUACUGCCUACAUGGAUGUGAAGCAGGCUUCUAUGGACAGACGUGUGAGGAGAGAUGUGAACAUUGCUGGACCACUGGCUGUGACAGACAGACUGGAAUAUGUGAACAGUGUCAGCCUGGUUAUCAUGGCCAUCACUGCAACAAAACGUGUCCUGAGAAGUGCUACAAGGGACGAGAUGGACAAAGACAUUGUAACCGAAUUACUGCAGCCUGCCAGGAAGGAUGUGUGACUGGGUGGCACGGUCCGCGGUGUCACACGCCGUGCAGUACCACCUGCAAGUCUUCCCUGUGUUACGGCCAUGAUGGAUCGUGUGUGGAGGGCUGCGUACAAGGGUACUAUGGGAAACAUUGUCACAAGAACUGUCUGCGUUGUAGAAACAAUGUGUGUGACCACCAUGGCAGAUGUUCAGCAUGUAUUGAUGGAUGGUUCGGGGAGAGAUGUGACGUAUGUGGCAAUGGACCAUGCAUCAACUGUUCACGAGGGUAUCAUGGCACUAACUGCACUGCUCGUUGUAGUGGGUCGUGUGUGGAUGAUGUGUGUGAGGAAGAUGGUCGCUGUAGUCGUGGGUGUAAGGACGGGGCUUACGGGAGUCAGUGUCAACACAGAUGUAGUGGGGGCUGUGUAGCGUGUGAUCAGAUAACAGGGGAUUGUACAAGACAGGGCGAUGGUAAUACAGUUAUCAAACUUGACAUGCCCACAAGCACAUGCUCCUUAAUGUAUUCAAACUGUCAACAUAUAAUAUCAGUUACGUUUGUACUGAUCUUUGCACUUUAGAAUGCGUGUCAAGUAUUGUUACAGUGGUAUGUUAUCUAUCCCUCUAUGCUGUGUGGGGGCUGGUGGUUCUGUAUAUCAAGUACCCGCUCUGGUAUGCACGUAUGAGAUUAGCUGUGUCUUGGUGGUAAGAUAAGUCAAUGUCGUAGGUAGACGUGCGUGUCACAGAUUGCGUUGAAGAGAUCAAGUAUUUUUUUGUCCUGUGUCUAGAGUUUGUUAAGCAGGAGGUAUACAGAGUCUACUUCAUGUGUCGGGUGACAUAUCAUCCCUCUCUCCUCGAGUGACGGGGGCAAAGGAGCUAUUUUUUCCGAGUGGCGUGGCAGAAAACUCAGUCUUUCACACUGAAGUAUGUAAUAAAUCAUAACGCCUGCUCCUGGAGUAGACGACGUGGUUUUAUUUUGGAGAGUGUUUGCUUGCUCUUGUAAUGUAACAGGUGCGUUGCUUAAGGUGGUUGUGUGAUGUAUUUAUGUUUGACGAUCCUCGACAAAGCUCUGGAUUUUAUUCUCUAGAAAUAAUAACGUACUGCAAUAAUACUUACACUUAAUGGAAUGUUUUCACUUCGUACGGCUUUAAAACACUCGAACAGCGUAUCUUCUACAUAGUUGAUCUGUGUGGUUGUCUAUUUUAUGGAUGUGUGUUGAUUGCCUUAAUUUUGCUCCACGUGACUUUUGAAAUGUUUAUGUUUUGUUUAAAGUACUCCAGAAUUUCACAGUGAUCUUUCCAAAUGUUUAUUUUUUAUUUAUUAUUAUUAUUUCUAACUUAUGGUGUUUUGUUUUAAUCUACAAAUGUUUUACGCUUUUAAAUGAUUAUAGUGUCUCAUGGAUCACACUGCAGAGGUUUCAAUAUAACUCUGCGCACUACGUAGCAACGUUUAUGCUGUACAAAGCGUGACUGUUUACAUAAAAAUCUUCUUCUUCUUU